AUGUCGAAUAUACCCUUAGUCCACCACGGCCGCCGCUCGCCGCCACCCGCGGCCGUCGCUCGCCACCACCCGCGACCACCGCUCGCCGCCACCCGCGACCACCUCUCGCUGCCACCCACGACCACCGCCCGCCGCCGGGGACCACUGUCGGCCGUCGCCGGCGUCCACCGCCGGCCGCCGCCGCCGGCGACCACCGCCGGCCGCCGCCGGCGACCACCGCCGGCCGCCGCCGGCGACCACCGCCGGCCGCCGCCGGCGACCACCAGCCACCUCUGGCCGCUGCCGCUGACGUCCACCACGGCCGCCGCUCGCCGCCACCCACGGCCGUCGCUCGCCGCCACCCGCGACCACCGCUCGCCGCCGCCCGCGACCACCGUCGGUCGUCGCCGGCGACCACCGCCGGCCGUCGCCGACGACCACCGCCGGUCAUCGCCGGUGACCACCGCCGCCCGCCCCCGUCACCCGCGACCACCGCGCCCACCGUCGCCACCUCUGGCCGCUGCCGCUGACGGUUAUCGUUGUCGCCGGUUGCCGGCGACCAACGACCGACGACGGUCAGCGGUUGCCGAUGGCGGCGACCGAUGGAGGAGGCUAACGGCGGCGGCCAGUGGUUGCUGCAAGCUCCGGUAG